CCUUCGGAUCGUGUGCCUAACCAAUUGAGUACAUCCCAGUCCCUAUACACUUUGGUCGGGUGAUGACGUGACACUCAGCUAAGAGAGACGGUAAGCUCUCUCCGCGAUACACACGCAGUAACUGAGGCUUUCCCGCCAAGGGAAGUUGGAUAUUUUUGUGUACAGAUUAUACCUUGAAGUAGAACUUGCUUAUAGUGUACCUCUAGUUACAUCUUACGGGAGGAAUACCGACUAGAAGGACAUCGCACUGAGAAUUCCUGCCAUGCAGCAAAGACGUGGAGAGAGUUGAGGUGGAUGUCUGUUCUCUCGCCAGAGUUUUUUGAAAGAAAGUGAAACAACUUUUUUUAAGGAUAUGUUUGCCUUACUAUUUUUGAAAUCCCACAGCUGUGUAACACGCAACACCUCUGACACGACUUGAUGGUUGCAUUCUGUGAUUUGGAUUCACGAUAUCAGUGCCAAUAUGAAUUUCUGGCGAUAUACUGGACGCUUGGUUCGCUUCUUCUGGAUGAUAGGUUUUGUUCUGUCUGUUGUUAUUGUUGUUUUGGGACGAGGAGUGUCUGCAGCAAGGCCGAAAGGGAACAACGUCUGCACGCGGGUGAAAAGAUUUACUGAAGUCUACCGCAUCUCAAUACCGGGCACCAGAACUCAGACGGUGCGCUACACGACGAUAUGCGGAAUACAGGGACGUUGCAGUAGAUAUAGGAUUGUCUACGUGCAGAAUUAUCGUGAGGAGACACGCACUAUUUACAGAGUAGUGCAAGAGUGCUGCGCUGGUUGGGUGCAAAAAGGAAGGAGAUGUGUGACAAGGCCAUCAACAGAUACUGCUGCUGGAACCGUAACGACUCCAGUACCGACUGUGACGGUGACAGCUGGUACCAAGAAUGAAGGCAAUUUGGACCCUAGAAGGCCCUUCGUGACCGGUCUAAGCGGGACAACUGAACGAGGUGCGAUUGGUACGGACGCAGGGGUUGUUGGGGCUGGAGGAGGAGAAACAGGAGGCGGGAAAAGACGGGGGUGGGAUGGAGUUCCAACAGAGGGUGGACUUGGUGAAGGAAUCGGUUCUAAUAAAGGUGGCAGAGGUGUUGACAUCGGUCGGGACGGCAUAACGGGAGGACAAGAUGCAGACGGUUCCAGUAACACAAAGAACGGCGAGGGCGUCCUCCAAGAUGGCGCCAUUGGCCAUUUCCCGGAGGAGGUCGAGCCAGCAACGCCCGAUGUGCAACCUCCCCAGAAGGAUUCGGGGAUGAUGUUCUUGACUGGCAUGUUGUGUGGUGUAGGUGUGUUAUCGGUAGCUGCCUUCGUGGUCUUGUUCCUGAUGUACCGACAACGAAGGAGUAUGGAUGGCAGAUUGUUCGGGCUCCCGUUUCUUCAAAGCUCACGCUUUGGGUCAACAGGCUCCUUCCGCAAGUCCAAGCUUUUGGCCUUGGCGCAAUCCAUCAAAUCUGGUGAAGUUAAACUCAUCAGGGAAUCCACCAAGAAAGGGAAUGGUGAUGCCCAAUGUCCAUAUACAGACAUUGUGGAGAUGCAAAGGGUUAUCACGUCCGAUAAUUCUACCAAAUCUUUGCCGGCUCUGUCCUCUAAGCAGACAGACAACAAACAGCCCAGCCUCAAACUCUCCAAGACGAUGACACUAAAGAAAUCUACAUCCUCAAGGCCACCGAUACAAAACGAACGACAGCUACCUCCGGAACCUCCGACCUAUGCAAUCAUACAGAGGAUGGAGAUGACGAAGGAAACACCCGAGGCGUCUGGGUCCGAAGACAAGACACCAAGAUGCUCGGCUGAGUUCAGGUACAGCACCUUGUAUGCCACACCUGACGCUGCUCUCACAGGGAACAGCCAUACCAUACCUCGGGAUUUCAACAUGGGUCCACCACGGUACAUUCUGUGCGAAUCACAGCACAUCUACGCCGACAUACAGCGCAAAUCCAAGGCCAGCACGUGGAGCUGUUCAAAGAAAUCCCGGCCGAAAUCCACGGCGUCUGCAGGCGAUACGCCCAGGCGUUCCAGGCGCACACUCGGCCGUAGCCUUAGUCGCAACUCCCUCCAUAGCAUCGCAAAGAGGUCUAGCAAUUCAGGUAGCUCUGGGUACAGUUCACUUCGUGGGAGCAGAGAGAACAUCUUUGAUAAUUACGAGAGUGUGGAAGAACGUUCGGAUCCUCCGACUCCCAACAUCUACUCGGAGACGAUACCUAAAGACAUCGGCACGACAGAGCAUUACGACAGAUUAGAUCUGAUUGCCUCCGACAGCUUGAAGACGGAAUACGAUAAACUCAAUCGAGGUCCCAAGACAUCUCGGGGAGCCGGGAUCGUCAAAACAUUCUCCAAGAAAUACGAGAAACUGGCUGCGGACAUGAGCAAAAGAUGAGUGUGGCGGUAAUUUAGAGCACAGCCAGUCUCAAUUUCAGUCACAUGCCAUCAUAAAAUUAAUGAAAAUGAAGGCAAAUGUUUUUCUCAAAAUUCUGGUUUGUGCCAGUGUGUGGACGAAAUUUGCAUACUUCUCACUUCUUGAGUGAUGACGAAGUUUAAAAUUGCAAGAUCAAGUUUAUUUCGAUACAUCCGCGAGGGAAGUGUUAAAUACCAGUGAAGAUCUAGUUAGAUGCAAAGAGCCUGUCUUAAAGCUGAUGCAAUUUUGAUAAACACCUAAAAACUCAGAAAUACAUUCAGCUACAAUAAUUAAUGGGGGAGUAUUACGGACGAACAGGUGUAUUCUAAACGAGAUAAGUAGAGCGACACUGACCAUGUCAUGGUCCAAUGAAAGGGCUCACCCCUUAAUUGAACCCAAGGUUUGGAAGGGGAGACGAGUAUUUCCCAGAUUAUUGGAUCAAACUACGGAAACCUGUACAGCUCCUCUUCGAAAAGCUAGGAUUAGAUAAAUAGGUUACCUCGGCCAUGGAGCAACUAAGAAGGAAGAGGUCAAAGUGUAUCUGCUGAAUAUUCAUUUAUUUGAUGCGGUGUUAAGAGCAUAAUCGGUUUAUUCAAUAAGGGGUUUU